AUGAGCACUACAAAUCUGCAAUCCAAGCAUAAACAAAGCGAUUCAGUGAUGGAAGAAGGUGAACAAAACGAAGCAUUGAAUUUUAUACAGCCAAGGUUAGUGUUUUUACAUGCUUCAUUGUUUAUUAUUCAAGGUAUAAACUGUUAAGAAAUGUAGUAUUUAUUAUUUUAACUUAUAAUCUGAAUUAUAUGAAAAUAAAAAACACUGUUUACAGGGACGCCGGAACUGGGGGGGGGCAGGGGGGGGGCGGCUGCCCCCCUUGCCUUUUGCUAGGGGGGGCAGGGGGGGGGCAGAAGUGCCCUUUUAGUUGUAAAAUAAUACGUGAUAAAUCACAUUUCCAACGAUGCUUUUUGUAGGAAAAUGAUGAGAUUCAGGUAAUUUAUAGUUUAUAUUUAUAAAAAUUUUGGGAAAUUUUUGGAAUUUAGAAAAAUAUUUUGAAGAAAUGGCGAAAAUUUAAGAUAUCCGGAAAAAUUUUUUGACCCCUAAAAUGGUACACUGACCGAAAUUUUUUUGGCGACGGGGGGGGGGGGUCGCCAAAAAAUUUUGCAGUGAAAAAAAAAUUUCAGUAAAGGUGCCCUUGGUGUGCGUCCGCCCCCCUUUGCCCUAUUAUCGUUCCGGCGUCCCUGACUGUUUAUAAACGCAAAUCGCGUCAUCUGAUCAACACGUGGUCAAACCGUUUGGCAGAACAUAUGUACUAGUCAACAUCAGUCGAAUUUAUGCUUAGAUUUCUACAUUUUAAUACAUUUAUGUCAAAUUGGAUAAGCUUUUGCACUGAAUGAAUUAAAAUAUUAAACAAAUACGUUUAAAUAUAUCUUAUAUAUAUGGUUAACUUUAUUAUAGUACGAGCAAGAAAGGAAAGCUAUCUGGAUUUGAGCGAAACAAGAGAUGGCGCGAGAAAAAAGGCAGUGAUUUCAAGAAAGUAGAGAGUGCCAGAGUAGAAAAAAUAAGAAAGAAUAGAAUUGCCCAAAUGUCACCAACUGAACUUAACAAAUAUAAGAUGGCAGCUUGUGAACGGAAGAGAAAAAGCCGAAUGUUGAAAAAACAGAAAGAAAUGGAAAAUGCAGGCAGUUCAUUAACAGAAACUGUGGGCAGUUCUUCAAUGCAUGCCAACGGAAACUAA